CUCACAAUUUAAGAUAUAACAAAAAGAAAAGGAGGAAGAUGGCGUUUGCAAUGAGAGUGAAAGUAGCCCCAAAUUCAGCGAAUCUACAAGAAGCAAGAAGUAAAACAUUCGAUUUCUUCAAAGCAGCAUGCCGAUCUAUUCCUGCUAUCAUGGAAAUUUACAACCUAUACGACGUCGCUAACCCUUCUCAGCUUCGUUCCACUAUUGCUGCUGAAAUCCGCAAGAACGCCCAUAUCACCAACCCUAAGGUUAUCGAUAUGCUGCUGUUCAAGGGAAUGGAAGAGUUGAGUAACAUUACAGAGCAUGCGAAGCAACGACAUCAUAUUAUUGGGCAGUAUGUGGUGGGUAAUCAUGGGCUUGUUCAAGAUGUGGCCACCAAGGAUGAGAACUUAUCCAACUUUCUCAAACAUUUCUAUAAAAGCAACUACUUCUAAACGCUUUCCAUCUUACCUCUAGUGGCUGCAUUAUGUCUUCUAUUGUAUGUCGCAUUCUCAAAUAAAUAUGUUAUCUGACAUAAUGGAUUACUGUUUCUUUUUGUUUUCCUACCAGAAUAACAUCCCUUUGUUGAUUACAGUUGAACAUUAAAACAAGGCUUUUUUGUU